AUGUCUGCAAAUCUAGAUCCAAUGAUAUAUCCAAUAUUUUUUCCAAGAGGUGAUGCAGGAUGGCAUGAUCAACUAGAGCACAAUCCUGACCGAGCAACACGUGUUCGAAAUCGUUAUGCUGUUGAUGCAUAUGUCAAGAUUGAAGGACAGCGCCUUGCUUUUAUCAGAAAUAACCAAAACAAACUUAGAAGUGAACAAUACGAUACAUUACAUGAGUAUGUAAAUAAUGUUGCAAAUAACCUUAAUGUAGAAACAGCAGAGGAUAUUGAUAGUUUAAUAUCAGCUGAAAUUCCAGAUCAAACUGUUGAUCCUGAACUUUUUGAAAUUGUAAAAACAUGUAUGAUUCAUGGACCAUGUGGGAUUUUAAAUCCCAAUUCUCCUUGCAUGAAAGAAGGAGUUUGCACAAAAAAAUUUCCUAAAGAGUUUAAUCCUUGCACUGUUGCAAUUUUCAAUGGUUAUCCUAACUACAGGCGUUUAGAUAAUGGUAGAGUAGUCGUUAUAAAAGGUAACCAAGGUCAUGAUUGUGCGAAUGUGGUAAUUAAUGAAAGUGUUGACCAUGAUGAAAUUAACACAUAUUUAGACUGUCGCUUUGUUUCCGCCCCAGAGGCUCUUUGGCGAAUAUAUGAGUAUUCCAUAAGUAAUAUGUCACAUACUAUUAUCCGCCUUCAAAUCCACCUUCCUGAUAAUCAGAGAGUAUAUUUUAACGAAGGAGAAGAACAAGUAGCUAUAGAUCGUGCAGCACAGCGUGACUCUCACCUAACCGCUUGGUUUAAGUUAAAUGCUAAAAAUAAUGAAGCACGCCAGUAUUCUUAUCUUGAAAUUCCAUAUCACUUUGUUUUUGGUAAAAGUUGCAUGUGGAAAGUAAGACAAAGAGGUAGUGAUAAGGUGGUUGUUCGAAUGUAUAAAGUCAGUUCAUUUUGCGAAUUAUUUUUUCUCAGGUUGUUACUUUUGCAUUUAAAAGGUGCAAAGUCUUUCGAGGAUUUGCGUACUGUUCAUGGUACUGUUUUUAAUACAUUUCGUGAAGCAUGUUAUCAUUUAGGUUUAUUGCAAGAUGACAUUGAGUGGAGAAAUACAUUAAUUGAAGCUGCUGCAACUCGGAUGCUUAAACAAAUUAGGCUACUGUUUUGCAUCAUAUUAACUUUAUGUGAACCUGAUGAUCCUUUACACCUUUGGAAUACAUUUAAAAAUUAUAUGGUUGAGGAUUACAUACACCAUUCAAUGCCAGUCGUACUUGCUGAGCAGGCAGCUCUUCGUCAAAUUGAAUCUAUAAUUAAUCAGAGUGGUAAAACCUUAGCUGAUUAUAAUUUGCCAGCUUUAGAUCAGUUUUUAGAUAAUGUCCUAGAAAAUGAUGAUGAAGAUGUUCAGGUGUUUAUUGAUGAAGCAAACCGAGUUAGACCAUUAUUGAAUGAUAAUCAACGUAAUGUAGCUGAUGCGAUCCUUGCUGCACUAAGUGUGGAACCUACUAAUGAAAAUAAGCAUUCAAGGUUGUUUUUUAUGGAUGGGCCUGCCGGUUGUGGUAAAACAUUUACUUACAACUAUUUAAUUUCUGAAACACAGAGCAGGCAUAUUAGAACUGCAACAGCUGCAUGGACAGGAAUAGCUGCAACUCUUCUCAAAAAUGGGUGCACAAUGCAUGGCUUAUUCAAACUUCCUGUUCCAAUUUUGGAAACUAGCACAUGUAAUGUAACUCCAAACUCUAUUCAUGGUAGAUUCCUGAGACAAAUCAGUUUGUAUUUACUUGAUGAAGCAUCUAUGAUACCCAAAUAUGCUUUGAGUGCCAUUGCUAAGCUAUUACAAGAUAUUUGUAAUAACAACUUUCCUUUUGGUGGUAAGGUUAUUCUUAUGGGUGGAGACUUCAGACAAAUACUUCCAGUUGUGAAGCGAGGUCGACCAGCAGAAGUUAUAGAAUCAUGUUUAAAAUGUUCUGAACAUUGGCAAUAUGUGCAAAGGUUCUCAUUAACUGUAAACAUGAGGGUUCAGAUAGAAGAAGAGGAAUUUUCUCAAUGGCUUUUAAAGCUUGGAAGUGGAACAUUACCUGUCAAGCCUGAAUAUCCUUUGCGAGAGUGUAUUGAAAUACCUGAGCAGUGCUUUCUCAGUGAUAAUGAAUCUAUUGUGGAGAAGAUUUUCGGUGGUGCAGAAGAAGCUGAUUAUGCAAAACGUGCUAUUUUAACGCCAACAAAUGUUGAUUCAUUGGCAAUAAAUGAAGAAGUCCUUCAUCGCUUACCCGGUGAUGUGAAAACAUAUUUAAGUUCAGAUAGCAUUGAUACUGAUGAUCUUAAUGAAAUUAAUAACUUUCUAGUCGAGUUUUUAAAUAGUUUGACUCCAUCAGAUCUCAAAGGUGGACUUUGUAAUGGAACCCGUUUGAUGGUGCGUGCAUCACACAACAAUUAUAUUGAUGGUGAGGUUUUAACAGGUGUAUCAGCUGGUAACAGGGUAUUUGUUCCUCGAGUUCAAUUAGCUCCAUCAGAUGCAAAUUUAAAUUUUACACUUAAACGCCGUCAGUUUCCAGUUAGGUUAGCAUACUCAAUGACCAUAAAUAAAAGUCAAGGUCAAACAUUUGAAAAAAUUGUUGAUAAACAUCCAUUACAAGGUACGUCAUUUAACAAACAUUACACAAAUAAUGUUGUCUUUACAAAUGUUCUUAAUUUAUAA